AUGAGUCAACGCACGGUAAUUUCGAAUGUUCGUGUAUUCGAUGGGGUCGGCCUCACGCCGCCCACCAACGUCACCUUCUCCGACGGUCGCAUUGUCAGCGUUGGCAAUGAGAGCGCAGGCGGUGCCGACACGGUGGUUGACGGCACUGGACGGUUUCUCUUCCCCGGGUUCAUCGACUCACACGUCCACCUCAGCGGCGCGCGACACCAGCUCGAGCACCUCGCUAACUGGGGAGUCACCUGCGCCUUGGGCAUGGGGGAAUGGUUUCCUGACAAGGUGAACGCCUUGCGUGGAAGCGCUGGGCUGACGGAGAUCCUCAGCGCUGGCAUACCGGCGACGACCCCGGGGAGCCUGCACAGCAAGAUGCUGCCUAUCGACUCCCGCGCGUUCGUCACCGGUCCAGACGAUGCGCCGCGCUUUGUGAGGGACCGGCUCGCGCAGGGCGCCGAUUACAUCAAGAUUGUCGCGGACGCGCCAGGCCCGAGCCAGGCGACAGUCGACGCGCUCGUCGCGGCAGCUCACGAGCAAGGGAAGCUUGUAGUCACACAUGCGGCAACUCACCUGCCUUUCAGCAUGGCUCUGGAGGCAAACCCGCGUCCGGACUUCAUCACCCACGUGCCGCGAGACAAGGUUCUGGACGAAGGCGAGACGCAGAAGAUGGCCCAGGCUCAGCAGGUGUCCAUUCCGACGCUCGCCAUGAUGGCCAGCAUCUGCUCGCCCCUGCCCUGGAGUGCGAUCCUGCGCGUGCUGCUUCAUCCAUCACUGCUCCUAACGGUGCUCAAGGGGCGAAGACACUUUGCGGGAGCCGAGACGUACGUGAACGCGCAGGACUCUGUUAAGCAACUACACCGCGCCGGCGUCAAGAUCCUGGUCGGCACCGACUCCAACGAGGAGGAAGACUCACCAUUCACGAUCCCUCAUGGCGAGUCCCUGCAUCGCGAGAUGGAGCUGCUGGUCGAGGCUGGGAUCGGAAUCGUGGACGUACUCAGGGGCGCGACAGUUCUACCGGCCGAGUGCUUCGGACUGCGGGAUCGGGGAGUCAUUGAGCCUGGGAAGAAAGCGGAUCUGGUGCUGCUGAAGGCAAAUCCGCUUGACGACAUUCGAGCGACGAGGCAGAUUGAGCGUGUGUGGUGCGGAGGGGUCGAACGGACCAGAGGCUGA